UCCUCUCUUUGAAGGUCAGAAGAAGACCCACCACCUUCCGAAGAGUAAAAGCAAGACCAAAUUGUGUUUCUAGUCCAUCCCCAAGAACCACCUCAUUCCGUACAAGCAAACUCCUCUCCCCUCUACAAAUACCCUCAUUUUGUUACUCACGAAAACCCAUAAUAUAACCACUAGUGAAAAAAAACCCAAAAGAAAAAACCUGCCAAAAAUGGCCAAGGCAAGCAGUUCCUCCUCCUCCUCCUCCUCAUCAAGCUCUAAAACCACGACAGGCAAGACAUUAUCAGGUUUGGGAAAGCUAAUCAAGGUGCUUCCCACCGGAACCGUCUUCCUGUUUCAGUUCCUCAGCCCUGUCCUGACCAACGACGGCGACUGCAAAAACAACAUCAACAAGUACUUGUCUGCAGCACUGUUGGGUGUUUGUGGCCUUUCUUGCUUUUUCUCCACCUUCACUGAUAGCUACGAGGCCUCCGGAACCACUCACUAUGGUAUUGCAACCCUAACGGGUCUGUGGCCAAGCUCUGGUACGUCGGUGAACUUAUCCUCAUAUAAGCUCAAGUUUGCGGACUUUGUUCAUGCGUUUUUUUCCCUGAUGGUAUUCGCCGUGGUUUCUCUCUUGGAUAAAAACAUAAAGGAAUGCUUCUAUCCGUCUUUCAAUUCUGCGUUUCUACUCCAGGCUUUGCCCCCUGUUAUCGGUACCAUUUCCGGAGCGUUGUUUGCCUUGUUCCCAUACACCCGCCAUGGGAUUGGGUACCCUUCGAGCUCAAGCUCGUCUUCGAGUAGCUCCACUGCCUAGUUUGGAUGGCUCAAAUCUUGACGGAACCGGCAUGUAACUUGUCCCGCAAGGAAUCGCCUGAAGAAAUGAAAAUCUACUUGAUUUUCAAUCAUAUAUAUUAUUUUAACCUUUGAAAUGGAAAUAUGUAAAUUAAGCAGGCGCUAAAUCUCCACCGUCCAUUGUUUAAGCAUCAAUUCGUAAGAAAAGAGAACGUUGAAUUAUAAUAAUAAAUAUCUUAUUACUGGGUAUUUGAUUCGAAAUAUACUUCGAUCACUUAUUCGCAGUACUAAAGAUUGUGAGCAUCCAAAAAUGAUAUCUCUCCCGGAGUUCGUAUGAUGUAUUCUUAUGGAAGUUAGAUGGAAGGGUGAUUUGUUUA